AUCGAUUUCAUCAUUUCUCGCGAAUUGACUCUGCCACGAGAUGGCGUCCAAGAUCAUAGUUCUCGGCGACGUCAAUGGCCAACUACAGCCUGCAUUCACCAAGAUAUCGGCCUUGCAUGCAAAAAACAACUUCUCACUUGCUCUGGUCUGCGGCAAUUUAUUUUCAGAGGACAACGAUGAUGUAGCAAAUCUUCUCUCCGGCAACAUUACUAUUCCCCUACCUACAUAUUUUACCGUCGGCUCGACUCCUCUACCGCAGCGAAUAAUUGAAAAGAUUGACAAAGAUGAAGAGAUCUGCCCAAAUCUCCAUUUUCUCGGCAAGCGCAGCAUCACAAAGACUUCUGAGGGUAUCAGGAUCGUUGCGCUCGGAGGACAACUCGACGAAACUAUUGUUGGAGGCCUUUCCAAAGAACAGUACCUUCCUUUUCAUACCAUUGGAGACGCAAAGGCCCUGCACGGCGCCAACUCUGCAGACAUUCUGCUCACGACAACAUGGCCUGCUUCGAUAACAAAGGGGUCUAGAAUUCCUCUCCCCGAUGGGGUAACGGCACCGCUUGGUCAGGAGCAUAUUUCUGAUCUCUGUGCUACUCUUAAACCUCGCUAUCACUUUUCCUCAUCCGAUUUCUUCUUUGAAAGAGAGCCCUUUUUUCAUAAUCCAACUCAAGAUGCACCGGAUAUCAAACCCUUGACCCGCUUCAUUUCUCUCGCACCUUAUGGAAAUGCAUCAAAGCAAAAGGCCUUGUAUGCGUUUUCUCUUCCGGCUUCAGCUGAUCCCACGGCGCCUUUGCCGGUUGGUACGACCGCAUCUCCUCUGUUUUCGAAGAAGCGCAAGGCUCUUGAUCCAGAACCAUAUUCUCGUUACUCUCAUAACGAUGACCGCGGCUAUCAACGUAAACGAGGUAAAGGUCAUAGGGGCCAAAGACAACCCCCACCAGGCCCUGGCGAAUGCUUCUUUUGUCUAUCAAAUCCAAAUCUCGCAACACAUUUGAUUUCGUCGAUUGGAGAGGAUUCCUACCUCACAAUUGCCAAGGGCCCCUUAACCACUUCUGAGACCUAUGCAGAAUUGGGUGUCAAUUAUCCAGGCCAUGCACUUAUCAUUCCUCUUACGCAUUCACCAACGCUCGCUCUGAUCCCCGAUGACGAUAACGCCACGGAGAAGACAUUUGCAGAAAUGAAUAGGUUCAGGGUUGCAUUGGAGAAGAUGAUCGCCAAAGCAAGUGGCAACAAGCUCGGUGCUGUCACUUACGAAAUCAGCAAAGGCAACGGUGUCCAUACUCACUGGCAAUUUAUUCCGAUACCCGAAGAUUUGAUUCGUAAAGGCCUGGUUGAAGCCGCUUUCCGUGUUGAAUCUGAGAAUCUUAAGUACCCUCCAUUCGAAGUUCGAGAUCCUGGAAUUGGUCAGGGUGAGGGUGACUUCUUCCGACUAUGGAUUUGGACUCCGCCCAGUGAGGAGGCUGGCGACGGUAGUACGAAAUGCCUGAUUAUGCCCUUUGACGAGAGUCUUAGAUUCUCUUUGCAGUUUGGUAGAACCGUCCUGGCAAAGUUGCUUGGUCUUGAGAAACGGAUUCAGUGGAGAGAUUGUUCCCAAACCGAAGAAGAAGAGAAGCGGGAUAUCGAGGCUUUCAAAGCGGCGUUCAAGGAGUUUGACUUUACCCUCUAGGCAGUUGGAUACCCAAGCAAAAGUUAUGGUAAAUGCAUUUCCUGGGAGUUGGUGGGGAUUAUGCAUACACAAAGGUCCCAGUCGGGCCUGCAUUACAUAUUUUUAUGCGCUGGUUAGAGAAUGGAAAGCAUUCCAUUCAUAGUAUGAGCGCGAUGGGUUC